UCCGUGUUGUUCAAGAUUUGUAUUUUCAAACUCAAGUUUAUUUAAACUUGAGAUUUUUAAUGAUUAAAUAAUGUUAAAACGCGCUAUUUCACAUUGUUGAGACAUUAAUUAGUUUAAUGUAAACCACUAAAUACAUUUCAGUGCCCUCCGAAUCGCUAAUUGACGUACUAUUGGAAUUUUACCGGAAUUUUACUUUCACUUUUGGUCGGUGGCUUGUGGUCGACCAAUAGUUUUGUUUCGCAAUCAAAGUCUCCAAUCAAUAAGCUGGUUUUGACCGCGACAUUUCUAUUUAGUUACUUCCGAGGGUGCCACGCGAACAUGCUCUAAGGUUACUAUUGUCCAACAGUAACACCUUUUGUAUGGUGUUUCCAGUGAUAAUGUCAUAGGAGUGUUGAAGAGGAUUCGUUUUUAAAUAUUCUUCGUAAUUUUCCGGACAUCAUGGGCUUAGAAAAACGCCAUAGUAAUGAGGAAACCAGCUCAGAGUAUCUCUACCCCCCGGAUAUCCUCCAGACCCUGGACUUCAGCAGGAGUCCAGCAAAAUUCAGCCCCAAGAUAAGUGCAGCAAAUCCUGGUGAGGACUGGAUGGUGGUCAGGCCGUUGCAACGAGCGGACUUUGACAAAGGCUUCCUGCAACUGCUCAGUCAGUUGACCAGCACAGGGAACAUCACCAGGAAACAGUUUGAUGAACGUUUUACGCAAAUGAAGAGUUCCGGCGGAUAUUACGUCACCGUCAUAGAAGAUAAACGCAUCAGCAAAAUCAUCGGCGCCGCCACACUCACCAUAGAGCAGAAGUUCAUACACAACUGUUCAGUGCGCGGUCGACUCGAAGAUGUAGUUGUGAAUGACACAUACAGAGGAAAGCAAUUAGGGAAAUUGAUCGUGGUGACCGUGUCCCUGUUGGCGCAGGCGGUAGGAUGCUACAAGAUGUCGCUGGACUGCAAGGACCACCUCAUCAAGUUCUACAACACGCUGGGCUACAAGUGCGAGCCCGGGAACUCCAACGCCAUGAACAUGCGGUUCGAGGAGCCAUCCUGACAAUUAGCCGCUGGGCCAUCCGACCUGCGCUCCAAACUGUAAGUACUCGCGUGCGCGCCACGGACUAGCGGCGACCACUCACCACCUACCGCCAGCGGACAACACAAUAGAUCAUCACGACAUCGUGUUUCAUGUAACUUUGCGUUUGAAAUAACAAUAGAGGACCUAACUAAAAUGCCUAGUAAUUCCUGAUUUAUUUGCUCGUGUCGAUGAAAAUUCGAUUAGUUGGCCUAUUUUAUAGCCUUCCAAACCGCGUUAGUAGCGUGGCGAGUCUAAGCUCUAUAUCCACUCGCCUAGUUAAUAGAAAAUUGAAAAUCUGAGAUACAGUUUUUUCAUGUUAACCAUGAGGCUUGUUCACUAACUUUGACCUAUGCUAUGGCAAUAUGGUUGAUAAUAAAGACCAAAAUAGUGAAUAGGCCAGCAGUUCAGAGGGCAUAUAAUAUGCUUAAGUUAAAAAACAUGUUUUUUAUGGGGCCUAGCUACCGCUGUAUCAGCCGUAACAAUGAUACGGGGCCCCCUGGACUCUAGGGGCCUCUUGCACGUGUAAAAUAGUAAAUUUUUAUGCACAGUCUCACUUAAUAUGGUGCUUCUCGAAAAAAAAAACAUAAUAUAUGUUAACUGCCCAUAUAAAUUUUAUUAGAUUUGAAAAUUAGAAUUUAAGGCAUUUCGUUGUUUAUUUAAAUAUUUCCAUUUGUUACCAAUUUUACUUAGUGAUAAAAGAGGGGAAAAUCGAAAACUAGAGAAAUUUUUCGAGAUUUGCCGCUCGUCCUAUAUUAUUAUUUUAAACGCAAUCACUCAUUACAUCAAGAAUCAAAUGUUUUAAUGUUUUUGGUUGUAAAAAUAUAACAAUACGUUUUUUUUUCGUUUUUUGGAGUGUGUAUUAUUGGUUUGUUGUGAUAAUCGCUUGGUAGUUCGUGACAUUACAGUUUAUGCAGGGUCGAUUGAUUUAUCCAUCGAAGACUUUGUUUACGAUUCAUAUAGGUACAACAAUAGAAAAUAUUAAUUACUUUGUCUAUUGUAUUCUGGAGAAAAUUAAUAGUAGGUAAUGUUUUUUUUUUAAUAUCUUUUGUUAUUAAUGAUUAGUAACUUAUAGCGUGGCAUGUAAAACAUUUUUGUAAGUGUUUGUUUGAGUUAAAAAAACUUCCUAUGUAAAUGUAAGAAACUACCACACAUUUUGCAUUUAGUAACACAUUUUACAUUUUGUAACACAUUAUACAUUUUGUAACACAUUUUACAUUUUGUAAACCAUUUUGCAUUUUGUAACACAUUUUGCAUUUUGUAACAUAUUUUGCAUUUUGUAAAACAUUUUGCCAGAUCGUGUGUGAUGUCAGUGUUAAGUGUAUCAAAAACAUGGCAAAAUGAUUUUUUUUUAGAUAUAAAUAAUUAAAAACAUACAAUAAUAGUAGCAUUUUCUGGUAAAUAUUUUCACAAGUAAUUUAUUAUUGAUACGUUUAAAAUAAAUGAAAUGUUUUUCGAUUAAAACAAUUCCAAUCGAAAUAUUCAAAGUUGGAUAAAUCGUAAAUAUCGUAUUUGAUGGGGUAACCAAUUGAUUUGGAUGUCCAGCACAUAGUUGCGUUUAGUUUAUAAGAUUUGUAGUUUUUUUAUAUUACUUGUAUUAAAUAUAUAAUUCAAGAUCAAAACCAUAUUACAUGGAUAAUAAAGUCCAUUCCAAUCAUAUGAUUCCAAUCCAAUUGUUCCUGAAAAAAAAAUAGUAUGGAAUUCGCAAACAGCGCCAUCUAUGCACAGAUUGUGUUUCCUCAUGUUGUAACUAGAUGGCGCUGUUUGUAAUAGACAUAAUUCCAGAACAUACUGUGAAAAUAAGUAAAAUUGUGUUUUUAAGAUGAAUAUUAAUAUAGUUUAAACUUAAUUUUUUUUAGUAUAAAAUUAAGUUUAUUUUAUAAUGAAGAUUUAUAUAUCCUGAGAAUAUUGAAUGGAACUUGUAGUGCUUUUUGUUAGGGACUGGUGUUUGACGCUUGAAGCGUCGUUUCUUGCGGAGAAUAGCAAAAUAAAUUCAUUAUUCUUUAUUAUUAAGAACUCAUGUUUAUAUUCAAUAAAGAAUUUAUAUAACUACGUUUAUGAUUGUCCAAUUAAUUAAUUAGGAAAUAAGUAAUUAAUUCCCUCAUGAAUAUUUAGUUUUGAUCUUGUAUUUGCCAAUUAUUAUAGGAUGUGAAUAUUAUUGCUGUUACUAUAUUCUAGCUACUUUUUGUUUUCAGUUUUUUCAUUGCUUUUAUACAUUUGUGAAUAACUUAGCUUAGUUUCAAGUACUUACUUAUAAAUUGCAAUGUAUGUUACUAACAUUUUGUUGUAUUAAACAUUUUCGCUUUAA